CCGUCACGCCGCAUCCCGGGAAUAUAUCCCGGCGGAGAAAGUCAAAAAACGAGCCACACAGCGCUCACCCCUUGGACGUGGAAGAUGUCCUGAGCGACGGCGGGCUGAAACCGUGGCCGGCGGUUUCCGAUGGCUGGCCGAGGGCGCCGUCCGACCUGGGGCGCCCCCUCGACGCUUCGCAGAGGGGCUGGCAACAGGGGGACGACGACACAACAGGGCCGCCUACCCGUGUGGUUGCUGCUACUGCUGCUGACACUACACCUCGCCUCGCUCGUCGCCACGCAGAGCUCUACCGCGGCGGCGGCAGUGUCGCCACCAUCCGUGGGGGCUCUGUUCCGGCGGCGGCAGCAGGCGCAGCCCAUCUUCCACAUCGGCGCCGUGGUGAACCCUCCAGACAGCACCAGCUACUUCGCGCAAGCCAUAGAGGAUGCCGUCUCCGAGCACGGCAUCACCCUCUACGCACAGACGGUCCACAUGAACUCAAACCCCAUACGCAUAGCACAGAGCGUCUGCGAAAACCUCAUCUCCUCACAGGUGUUUGCUGUCGUGAUCAGUCACCCGGUGUCCGGCGAACUGUCUCCCGCCGCCGUGUCGUACACAUGCGGCUUCUACAACGUACCUGUCAUCGGCAUCAGCUCCAGGCACAGCUCCCUCUCCGACAAAAACCUGCACAGGACGUUCCUUCGCACGGUGCCCCCGUACUCUCAGCAGGCCGACGUUUGGGUGGAGCUCUUGCAGUUCCUCAAGUACCGCUGCGUGGUCUUCAUCCACAGCUCGGACAACGACGGCCGUGCCACGCUGGGACGAUUCCAGAACAAAGCCGAGCCUCAGGGCAUCAAGCUCGAACGAGUCAUCGAAUACGAACCAGGCAUCACCGACAUAACGCAAGAGCUGGAAGAAACCAAGGAACUUCACUGCCGGGUGUUUGUACUCUACGCAACUGCAGAAGAUGCGACGGGAAUAUAUUCCGAAGUGGCCUUUUUGAACAUGACAAGUCCCGGCUAUGUCUGGAUUGUGUCCGAACAAGCCCUCAGAGCGCCGAAUGUGCCCGACGGUGUGCUUGGGCUAGAGCUAGUAAACGCAUCCGACGAGAGAGCUCACAUACGUGACAGUGUGCAGGUGAUAGCCCUAGCCCUAAAAGAGCUGCAGAAGGACCCCAACAUGACGCAGCCCAACAUUAGCUGCAGCAUGCUUGGAAACUCCUGGGAGUCUGGACUCAAGCUUGUGAGCUUGCUCAAGAAACAGAAGCUGCUUCGCGGGGAGACCGGACGCGUUCGAUUCGACGACAAGGGUGACCGACUCGACAGCGACUACGACAUCCUCAACGUGGUGCGUGGAAGCCACGUCCCAGUGGGCCAGUACGUCUUCUCCAAGUGGUCCAUGAGCAUGGAGCUCGAGCUGGAGCUGGAGAAGAUGGUCUGGCCCGGGCGGCAGACGGAGACGCCGCUGGGUUACGUGAUCCCCAAGCACCUGCGCGUCGCCACCAUCGCCGAGAGGCCCUUCGUGUGGGUGAGGCCUGUCGCGGACGAGUCUCAGUGCCUGCCAUCCGAGAUACUCUGUCCAUGGACCAACAGCACAGACGGUAUUGCUUAUCCCUACUGUUGCGAGGGAUACUGCAUGGAUCUCCUGAGGAGCCUUGCCCAAAAACUCAACUUUACGUACACGUUAUAUCAAGUCCAAGACGGGCAGUACGGAACGUUUGAUUUUGUAAACGGAUCGACGUACAAACGUUGGUCCGGCAUGGUUGGUGAUCUGGUGCGCGGCGUCGCUGACAUGAUCAUCGCCCCGCUCACCAUCACUCCGGAGAGGUCGAUGGAGAUCGACUUCACCAAGCCGUUUAAAUACCAAGGCAUCACCAUCCUGGCAAAGAAGCAAGACAAGAGUUCUACGCUGGCGUCAUUUCUUCAGCCCUUCCAAAAGACGCUAUGGAUUCUGGUGAUGGUGUCUGUUCACGUGGUGGCGCUGGCGCUGUACCUGCUCGACCGGUUCAGCCCCUUCGGUCGAUAUAAGCUCCCCAACAGCGAUGCGACGGAGGAAGAUGCGCUCAACCUUUCCAGCGCCAUCUGGUUUGCGUGGGGAGUACUGCUCAACAGCGGCAUUGCUGAAGGCACUCCUAGAAGCUUCAGCGGCCGCGUCCUUGGAAUGGUUUGGGCUGGAUUUGCCAUGAUUGUGGUAGCCUCCUACACUGCCAACCUGGCAGCAUUUCUCGUCUUAGAAAAGCCCGAAUCUUCACUUUCCGGAAUCAACGAUCCGAGGUUGCGGAAUCCGUCGGAGAACUUUACGUACGCCACGGUCAAAGGGAGCGCAGUGGACAUGUACUUCCGGCGACAGGUGGAGCUGUCCAACAUGUACAGGAUCAUGGAGGGCAAGAACUACGAGACCGUAGAAGAAGGUAUUGAGGCCCUGAAGAACAACCAAUUGGAUGCAUUCAUCUGGGACUCUUCCCGGUUGGAAUUCGAGGCGGCCCAGCACUGCGACCUGGUCACAGCCGGCGAGCAGUUUGGUCGCUCGGGGUACGGAAUAGGCCUGCAACGCAACUCCUUCUGGGUCGACAAGGUCACCCUCACGCUCCUCGAAAUGCACGAGAGUGGCUACAUGGAACAGCUAGACAGCAAGUGGAUAAUCCGCGACGGCGAAAAAUGCGAAACCAAGAAUGAACGCACUCCGGCAACGCUGGGACUUACCAACAUGGCGGGCGUGUUCAUCCUGGUGGGCGCCGGCAUCGUGGGUGGUAUAGGGCUCAUUGUGAUAGAGAUCGUGUACAAGAAGCACCAGACACGCAAGCAACGGAGGCUCGAGCUCGCCAGGCACGCCGCCGACAAGUGGCGCGGAGCUGUUGAGAAGCGGCGCACGCUACGGUCCACCAUGCCGCUGCAGACUCGGCGCGUGAAGGCGAACGGCCGGGAGCCCUUUACCACCGACCGGGGCCUGCUGGGAAUGCUCGAGUCGCCAGCAGCGAGCUCAGCCCGCCAAUAUCACCACCAGGUGGCCUCGUCGGCGGGACCGCCGCCAUCGUCCUUCUUUCUGCCGCCGCCACCACCGCCGCCGCCGGCGUCAUCGCCGGCCGCUCUGCGCAUGCGCACGGCGGGCCACGUCCGGUACCUGCUCAGGGGUGACUCGGAGUCGUACGACAUCACCGUCUGAUGAGGAGAGCCUCUUACGCUGUC